AUGUUCUCCUUCGCCCAGGCGCAGAACAAGGCGCCUGCGACGCCAGGCAACUUGUCAGUCAAUGAUCUGAGCGGUCAGCGUCAGGGACAAUCCAACACGGGAAAUGGCAGUGGCUUUUCUUUUAGUGCUGCGCCUCCUCAGCAGCAGCAGCAGCAGUCCUCGGGAGGUCCGUUUGGGCAGAACCAAAGCCAACAUACUCAAGGCGCAGGAGCUACUUCGGGCUUCUCAUUCGGAUCUCAGCAACAGCCAUCUCAAUCCAGCAACAAUCUGUUCGGUGGUCAAACGUCGGGUCAGACACAAGCGCAAUCUCAACCUCAAUCUCAAUGGGGACAAAUUCAAUUCAAUCAAUCUGCUCCUCAAACUACAUCGCUGUUUGGCAGCAGUGGUGCAAAUGCCAGCAGCCAAAACUUGUUCGGCGGAGCAGCGGCUGGACAGGGCACGAAUGCGCAGGCGUUUCAGCAAGGCGCACAAGCGCACUCGAUGAAUUCCGGAAGGUCUCCCCCUCAAAGAGAGGUGGAAGCUCGCUAUAUGCCCGGAUACCUCGCCAAGCUCAAAGGUCAAAAGCCCUUCAACGCGCACGCUCGAGAGCCCAGCUCCGAGCCCAAUUACUUGACCGGCACUCCAGCGCGAAAUUCCACAGCAGGUAUUGCUGGCGACUCCGCCGACUCUCCAUCUGUCCAAUUCUCAUCCUCCUUCUUCAGGAGCGUGCCAGGCGACGCAUCGACAGAUCAUGCCCACGGACGCUUUGGAAGCUCCAUCUCGCCUGACAGGUACGGUCAGGGAGGGGCGGUCAGGGAGGGCGAUUUGGAACCCUCGAUCUUCGGACCAGGAGGUCUGAGAGGAAACAAGAGGGUCCCUUCUUCUUCCUUCAACGCUUCCAACAAGUCUCUGAAAGGCUCGCUCAGGCGAAGUAGAAGCGGUGCUUUUGGAAGGAGCGUCAACGAUUUCACCUCCAGCGUGGGACCGGCCAGUUCAGAGCUGGACGACCCGCCGCCGAACGAAUAUCUGGCGGACGAGACGGCUCUGUAUGCUCGAGGAGGGGCUUUUGGAGAGGAUGCAGCUUCCGAGAUAAGAGAGGUGGCGGGAUCAUCUCUGAAGAAUCAGGCGACACACCGCUCCGCUUUAUCACUACCACCCUCGAAAACGAACGACGCAUCCAACGACGCAUCUCUGCGCACCAUUCUCAUCUACGGCUUCAACCCGGCGCAAAGGAAUGCCGUGGCGGAGCAUUACAAAUCUUUCGGAGAGGUGGUCGACAUUUCUUUGGAAGAGAACAGCGGAGCUAUUCGUUUGGAGUAUGCUGAAGCUUGGGUCGCCACGAGAGCUCUGCGUCGGAAUGGAGAAGCGGUACCUUCUGCAUCUGGAGGGGGUUACGUAGGGGUCAGACUAGCUUCCGAAGAGCUUCACAGGCAGGUGGUGCUGUACGGACUAGAAGUCGUUGGCACUUCCACAGGAGCUUCACUUUCAGGUCCGCCAUCGAGCUCCACGAGCGCCGCGGCCAGUCAUUCUCAAGCAGCAGGAUCUGCACAGCAAGCGAGUGCGGGAUUGACAGGUACGGGAACGGGAGCUGGAGGUUCUUCUAGGGGCGCUACGCCAGCGUUCGGAAGACCCAUCUCCAUCAUCGGAGAGCCUGGUAGCGCAUUCGCAAAGAAACCGGCCUCCUCUGCACCAUCCGCCAAUCAUUCUGCUGGUGCAGGCCAGGCCGGAUCCGUUUCGAACACCAGCAGCCCUUUUAGGUUCGCUACUGCAUCCCUCUUUGGAGGUGCUUCGAAUCCGAACUCGACGGUCUCUAGAAGCUCUGCGCAGGACUUUGCGGGUAGACCUAACCAGCCCUCUGCGCAAUCAGCUCCGACUCACAAUCAGAAUGGCGUCAUGUCCAAAUUGGGCGACGCCAUCUUCGGAUGGUGA